CGGUGAUUGCGCGUCCACAACCACAUUGACACGCAUGCAUUUGUCUGUAUUUCUGUAUAUAGAAGUUCAAUCUUCUGGAUCUCGUUGCUUGGGAAAGUGAGAAAACGCCAUGUCGACUUCCUCGAUGUCCGUCUUCUUCGACCCAGAGCACGCGUGCUUGUUCGCGGCGGCGUUUGACAAUCUCCUGGAAGAAUUGCAAGUCUCCCUAUAUGUCUUCCUGCAAAAAGCGAAGCAAUUGCAGUCAGCAGCUGGUGGAGCAGGCGAAACCAUCACCAAACACGAGCAGUGCCGAGCGGAUUUCUUUCUUUGUUGCGACAAAAUCCUUGACGCCGUGAACAAAAACUUCCUUGGUCCAAUUGCAAGUUCUGACAAUGCUUACUGCCGCACGCUGUUGUACGAAAUCUUCGCGGACGAGCCGCACGCGGUCCGACUUAGCCGGUUGUACGGAAUGCUGGAGGAAUUUGUCACUGCCGACAAAUUCUAUUCACCUAGCGGGAACAAUCACUACACAAGACGAACUGAUGAAGGAAUAGGAACAUCUUCUUCAACGUCGGGUGUUGUAUCAUCAAUCAACAUCCCCUUGCCGGUCGAGAAGUUGAAACUCGCCUGUGAUAAAAUCGCGGUGGUGGUGAAAGCGCAGUACAAGGGGCAUUCCGCACGGAACAGCCGUCUGGCAAACCGCACGGGACGCGUUGUGGACACCCGGAUCGAGGAUUGGCCGGGGGCCAAGCUAGAAACGCCGUAUGAUUACUGGCAGGAAGAAGUUGUUGGCGGAGGUUCUUCAUCUUCUACAGCUGGCACAACUUCCAGCCCAUCUGACGAGAAGCGAACGAAAAGACAAAAAACCGCCAGUUUCGGCAUGGCGCUGUUCCGCGGGGCUCUGUCCUCCGAGUUGCUCUUUGGAGAUUACAGCGAUAGUGCGGGGGGUAGCGCUGGGAGAAAGAGACGGAGAGGUAGUACCAGUGCAACUUCUAGUGCUGCAGCUGCUGGAGCAUCAUCAAGUUCUUUGGCCACAGCUCCUCCUGCAAAUAGCAAGGCUUUCGCCACUGUCCCCAACAUCACCGGCCUAUGGUCGACGCAACUGCGAAAUGCGACGGCAAAGAUCGUGCAGGAAAGCGAAAAAAGCGUGCGAAUGGAGCUCCGAGUAGAAGAAGAGGUGCUAGAAGAAGCGUCGCCAAGCGAAGGUAGUGAGGCACUAGAUAUAGAGGUGGUUUCUCUGUUUUCUACGAGCCCUCAAGCAGUCUUUCGAUUUCUUGAUCGAUCCAGCAAAUGCAAAGUUGUUCUAUUAUACGAAAGGUACUGUCACACCCUCAAUUACAGGAUCUCGCUCUCCGCAGCCAGCGCAAGAUGACGCGGAGGACGCCGACUCAGACGAAGAGCUUAUCAUCGACGGCACGGAGAGUGCUGAAUUGACGGACGAUGGUACCGGAGUCAAAACGGCCGCGCGUCAAAGUACGACGAUGAUGAACAUCGACGGCGUCCACGCAGGCUCUCCGCCGAACGCCUCGUCAAAAACCAGCAGCUCGAGCUCGUCGCAGCAAAACAGCAAAAGAACGUCGUCGAGCAAAACCUCCAAUCACGAUCAUCAGCAGGGGACGAUCACCAACGGCUCGUCCAAAAACACAGCUGACGCGACGUCGUAUCCAUCCGAGGAACAGCACGCGGUCGGGCCGGAGUUCCUGCAACCGUACCUGUUCUAUCCGACCGCCACGGAAGAUUUUGAGCCCCCUGGUGGAGCAGCAGCAAGCCGAAAGGGCAAAGACCACACAAAGCGAAUGGUGUUGCUUGGCACCGACGCAACCGCUGGCAGCAAAUCCAGCACGAAAUUCAAGGGAAAACAGCAAGCCCUGCAGUUCUUCGCGCAGCAGCGGCGAAAGAGAGAGGAGGCGCAACAGGAGGCACUCGCACGCACGGAAGGUGGCAAAGGAUCUCUUUCAACGGGAACGGACGAAAUGACCCAAAUAAAGAAAAUCGCUGCAGCGGCAGGGCGCGGGAAGCGCACCCGAAGUGGGAGUGGAGGUUCGAUCGUCCGGUCUAUGGUGAUUGGCGGCGGAGGUCGUGUAAUUUCGCCGGGCGACGAACUGGCUUCUUCAGUAGCUGCAAACACUGCAGAUGCAGAGCAGAAGAGGUGCGAGGAUAACAAGGAGAACACGCCUAACAAGGCUACCCCGACACAGGAGGCUCACCAAGAUGAUGAUCAUGUUGAUGCUCAUGAUAGAUCAUGCCCGCCAAAUCGCCCCGCCGACGACGAGAAGAACAUCAAGGCGAAGGCCACUGAGCUACCACAGUCACGGCAGAGUCCCCUGGAUCACCAGGAAGCCACCUUUCCGCCCGCCUCGCCACCGGUUCUUGAAGCAGAUGAAGUCGAGCGGCGAGUUGGCGCUGCGAUGGAAGUGCAGAGCCUUCGAGUAGACCACCAGAACGAAGCCGAAGUGGGCAUCAACGCGAACGGCGCUGCAGAUGAGCUACAGGAUGAAGAUGAAAGAGAAGACUACUCCGCCUCCAUUUCCAUCGUUUCCGAACUUGCCGAGCUGAAGAAUUUGAAGAUCGCGCAGGAAAAGCUUGCUCUUGAAGUCCAACGGAUCCAAGCGCUCCGGAACAAGAAGCGCAACGGUUUGGAGGUUCUCGAGCCCGAAGGAGACGUCGGAGACACGAUGCGCCUACUACAGGGCGCAGGGAAGCAGGAACAUAGACCCCUCUCAGCAGCAGAAGCGUCGAGGUCUAGCUCACAGGCAACUUCAUCUGGCUACGACGUCCAAGCAGUUCUUUCCGCGCCGAAGAAGCAGAGUGGAAGGAGCGCGAUAGCCCCUGCGCAGGCGCAACUUCAAGCACAUGCAGCGUCAAGGAGUGGAGCCUCAUCGUUCUCUGCUGCCACAAGCUCUACUUCGAAAACUAGUACGUCUGCAGGAGCAUCGCUAAAGCGCUACGAGCCCGUGUUGCCCGCAAGGUCCACGGCAACCCACGGCCCGGUCGCGGAGACGCACUCCUAUGGCUUUGCGACGUCGUUGCGAGGUGGUGGAACGAAUACAACAGAGCUCGAUUUGAGAUCUUCAGGUGGGCCGGGGCCGCCCCGUAGUUCGUCGACGCUCGUGGUACCCUCGACGGAAAAACCGACGAGAACAACGCCAACGAGUUCGCUUUCUGGCAGUCGAGAAGCACAGCCUCCUGGGAAGAUGAGCAAACAGGAUGGAGGUCACAGACCGACCACCUCGAACAAACCGGUCCAUCCGGUUCCUUGGAACAGCACGAAGCGUUUAAACGAGUCGGUGUCGUACCACCUUCGAGGUUUUGAAAAAACCCAAUCAACGUCCCGCCAGAGGCUGGUCAGCGCAUCAGCGAGAGCUGCAGCAGCAGCAGAAGCAUCGACAUCUGUAGUUGCCGCGCCUCACGCCGAGGACGUUGUAGGUGUUGAUGAGGGGACCACUGCAAGAGCAAGUCGCGCGGUGAGGAGACUUUCAGCAAAUACGAAAUCAGAGGCCGCGGGCUCUUCUAGUCCCUCGCAGCCAAACGAAGUUUUUCGCUUCAUGCCUCUAUCGAGCGGUGGAACCACUACGCGCGCAAUAAAUUCUUCAACUUCGUCGCGGAGCAACAUGCGGCCAGCUGUUCUGGGCGGCCCACCACCCCGAAUGCCGAAGCCUGAAGAAGGCCGUGGUUACGCGUUGCAGAAGUUGCACUUUUACCCAGAGAGAAGAGUUACUUCAGCUGCCAUUGGACCACGGGUGGGAAUCGGACUUGGUGCAGCGACUGCUACGUCUGGCAGAAUCCCGAGGGUGAAAAAUGCCCGGAGAGGCAGCGCGACAUGUAGCACGACAGGAGAAAUCGAAAUGAACCAUUUGAAGGAAGUGGGCACACUCAUCGACGAGCUCGACAUUCAGACGUUCCGAAAAGACUCCCCGCUCCUCGCCGCAGUCGCAGAGGACUUGAGGCUGAGUAAGCCAUCCGCUUCCUCGCAACAACAUGCUGAUGAACAUGAAGCGGACACGGGGGCAGGAAGAGAAACCGCUACAACUGGCACAGAAUUAGCGUCACAGGCGAUCAUGCUACCUCCCCAGCUGAACGCCGCAGUGCCUAGCAACAGCACUAGCAGUAGAGAAGAUGUUCUUGUCGCUCCGAUGAGCAAACAGGUCCGGUUUGGACAGAACACCACCGAGGUCCGGUUUUUCGAGAAGCGACCGGUGAAGAGUUCUCCCAUGUCUUCCUCCUCGGGAACGGAACGGAUUCGGUCAAGUUUGUCUUCCUCGCAGGAGGAAGAUUCUUCGAGUAGCGCGCGUUCAUCUUCUUCGUCACCGAAGAACAACUACUCGCGCAGGGGCGCGAGCACGUCUUUGGCUUCCUCUUGGGUCUCCAACUUCGUCAGGAAAACCACAGCCCCAUCCAGCAGCAGCUCUCUCCCGCCGACGUGGAGGUCGACUGAUUCUCGUAUAAUUCGAAGCAACAGUGGGACGACUGGUGAUGUGACGACGACCCAAAAGAACGGUCUUCCUCAGCCACGUCUUUUCUUCGAAGGCCGGCACGAGAUGCCGUUGUUCCCAAGCUCCUGGGUCAAGCAGAUGAGUACUUCCAAAGCUACUUCGGGAGCCGCGGAUCAAGGCCAGAUGAAAGCUCGUCCGCAAUCCGCGGUCUCCAACCGGUCCUUGUUUGGCAAAGCCCGCGCCGUGGUGCCGCAGUUCACGCGGGGGAAUACCAGGAGUUUGGAAGAGGAGUGCGCCGAGUUGCAGCAGAAGUUUCUGCAGAGACCGGUGAGCGCGUGCUCGACAGCGAGUUCGGCCUCGAGGAACAAGAUUGCCCCGGCGCGGUGCAGCUCUGCGGAGAGGUACGUUGUUGGAGGCGGAACUACGAGCAACAACGAAGACAGAAGCUCCUCAAACUAUCCGAUGACCAUGCAGGAUCGGCGGAGGAGUCGCAAUGUCUUCUCCACGAGAAAUAGACGGCCGAGCGCUGUCCUCGCAGCUGCCGGGAGGCCGAAAGCCUUUUCCCUCGACGAAAGCGAGCUUUCAUGUGCAGCGGGAGGUGGCGCUGCUGAGCCGAGCAGCGUGCCGAUGUCUGGCGGAGUGCGCCGAAGAGCGUCGCGAACAAGGGAGGCAGGAGGACCCCAACAAGGAGCAGUCGAAGAUGCUGUUCGUCAACAGCGGAAGAACAAAAAAGCCGUCGCUCCAGAACAUGCAUCGCUGUACUACGAAGACAACAGCGACCAGGACCAGGAGGAAGAUCCGGACACGUCUGUAAACAGCUUUGGCGAAAAGAUCUUCGAGGUGGACUCAAUAAAUCGCGAGCCUCGGAAAGCCUUAGCCGUGGAAAGAUGUCCAGACUCGCCUCCGAAACCAGACCUGGCGAGGAUGCAGGCGCAGCUGCGUCGGUUGAAAAUGAAGAAAGGCUUGAGCGAGAGUGGGGGAAAAAGUGGACUUGGGUCAAGCAGCGACGAAGACGAAGACCAGGGCGGGGCUCCGUUUAUCGAAAAAGUUCCAAACUUGUUCCAACAACGAGGAGGAGGAUUUGACUAUCAGCAGCCAUACGGAUCAUCUUCGAGUUCCUGUGCGGAACUACGGGGACAAAGCGAUAGUGAGCCCUGGUCAUCGCCGGAAAUACGUGGAGGCGGCCUGAAGGUAAAAAAAUCCUCCUCUUCUUCACGCAGAGAUCAUUCAGGACGUGCGGGGGCCGACGGGAGUACUAGCAGAAGACAUGACAUCGCACCACCACCACGACCAAACCGAAUAAAGAUAAACACGAAAGCGCAGGAGCAAGGAGCGGCCCGCAGCAGGUUGAUUUUCGAAGGGAUGCACAGCAGCGAGAUCCCCGCGCGAAUUCUCCCAGGAGCGGGAGGGGGAGUCGGCGAAAAUAGCGGUGACGAGACACCCCCUUCGCCGACAGCUGACAUUUUCUCCCCAACUAGACUACCGCAGUCGGCGGGGCAGGAACCCAGCCACGCCGACGGCGACCCAGUUCCGCGCCGUCGCUCGCGUACGUCCAGAAGGUCGGUGAACAGGGCGCGCACUGGAGGCGGUUCUUCUUCUGCCAUAGACACGGCCUCAGUGAUCUCCAAAACCGAAGAGGAAACCUUCUUCGGGCUAGAGGCGGAGUUGGAAAAAGUCGCGGUCAGAACACUGAACGACACAUCAACACAGUCUCUAGUUGUAGACGAAAACCGAAGGAUGAGUCUCUCAACGUUCACAAAUAAACCCGGACUAGUGCAGCAACCGGCGUCCUCGCCAUUAGGUGAGAUGAUGAGACCGGGCGGGAGUAGUAGAAGGAGCAGUAAGCGAUCUUCCAGAAUGGUGAAGAAGCCGAAAACCGUGAUCAGAAAAGCGUAUUUGCGCGGGUACUUCGAGACAGCAGGAAGUACCAGCACGGGUGGAGCACGAACAUCCGCUUAUAUCACUGGCAGCGACGACAAGAACAAUAAUUUCAAUUCGUCUCUGACUGUGACUCACACGCAGCACUACACCAUUCGCGGUUUGCCGCUGCAUUGUCGGGUGAAUGUGAGCAAAAAUAAGCCGACGAUUGAGUUUUUCUACAGCAAAGACCACCGGAUGGAGGAAGAACUGGCAGCGUCGCAGAAAGCGAAAUGGAGUAGCUUUUGUUGGCACUUUUUGAAACCGAUGGACGUUGCGGCCGCGGCUGCAGGCCUGACCAGCCCGGCAGGGCGAGCAGGAACAAAGGAUGUUGACGAAAUGUUGAAUGAGAAACAGACGCAAGCCGAAAUCAUUGAGAGACUGUUUCCACUUUCAGGAGUAGCAGCCAAGGAGGAACAAAGUAAACCCAGCAGCUCGUCUGCAAGCCCGUCCUCCUGGUCAGCGCCACCGAAGAAGCAAAGCACCUUCAACGACUUCCGGCAUGUGCUGGACCACUGUUUUUCCGUGAAGGAGUUGCGGACUAGGAUCAUGCGCACCAACCCGCGGUCGCGACUCGGCAAAUACCUGCUGACACUCGUCCACCGCAUUUUUCUCAACGACAAAACGCUGCAGAGCGUCAGCUUUUCCGGCCUGACGUCUCUUCCAUCCAGCUUCGUGGAGAAACGCUUCUUUCCGAAGUUGUUCAAGGCCCUCGGCGGAGAUGUUUGCGGGAAGAAAUUCUAUACCAAGCAGCAGUAUCUUCAGCUGAACACGAACUUGAGGCACCUAGAUUUACACGGCUGCGGGCUGUUCCGGGAAGAAAUCACCGGCAUGGACCCCUUUCUCGUGCUAGAAUUGCUGACAAACGUGGUAGCGCGCAACAGCUCGCUGAAGUACCUGGAUCUGUCCGAAAACGACUUGGUGAUCCCCUCGUCCGCCCAUAACAUGCAAGGUCGAGCGACCGAACUUCUGGCGAACUUCGCAGCGGCCGUUGGGAAGAACUACGGGCUGCAGGUGCUGUCGAUGUUUGCCGUGGUCGUGGUGAACAGCGCGAGUGGCGGUGUCGGCGAGCAGCAACAGCACAAGAACGACCACAUCAGUCGUGCUGCUGGUGUCCAAACCUCAUUUGCCGGGAGUUUGGCGGACAAUCUGGCAAAGUACAAUAACACCUUACUGAAAUUGCACUGCAGUUUCCCGAGCCCGCGGUUGAAACAAAAAGUCGACGAAUGCCUCGUGCGGAACCACCAGAUGCGGGCCUUGCGGUAUGGCUGGAAACUGUAAAGGAGUUCUACGUGGUCGUGUUCUUGGCGGAUUGUUUUCUGAAACAAAUACGCAUACCUACUUACCACUGCGUACUGACAGCGUCUGAGCAGUGGUAGUGCGUGCUCUUAGGUGCAGCUCCGUUACCGGCAGCAGAGUCAGACUCCUCGGAGCAUGCAAAUUUGGAACGGUCGGAGGUCGCUGGGGAACGUGCUGAGAAGAAGAAGAAGAAAUAUCUUCAUCGUGGUAUUGUCGCGCUUGUCAUGUUGCACAAGGCAUUUCUACUUGCAGCUGCACCUUUGUCUUUGUGCCUCAACAGACAUAGAUCAAAUCACACGCAGAUGGUGCUGCGCUACUCACCAAGUGGAAACUUCUUGAAAAUUCUUCGCACAAGAAGCGACGGAAUUUGAAGACAGUGGAAAAAUCUUUCAUUUCAAUACGUGCGCCAUUAGCUUAGCUUGUUCAAACAGGCACAUGCUGAGCAAGUUCGUACAGUCCAUGAUUAUGGCCGCACUAUGGUGAGCUUUAACGUGACGAGAAGGCCACAAUGACGCCCCGUCGGCAAGGCGAUCACUCUGAUACAAGCAGAUCGUCAUCAACACGGGAAGCGGAACUACCAAGUGAAAGAAAUUACAUACUCCAUACAACGCAUAUUGAAGAUCAUGACCCAGCUCCAGGUGUAGGUGAUGUCCUAGGAAAUAAAGCAAAUGGCACUUCUAGUAGGAUGUGCUGCAAGUCGCUCG